AUGAGGUGCGGCAAGUCCGUGUAGAGAGCAAAAACAUCCGGAAGUCGAUACGAUACUUCCUGCGGUGCCCUAUACUGUGCGUAAUAUAAAACCGUGUCGGCAUCCGUCGUCGGAUGAGCGCUGAGUCACACACCGGGCAGGAUGGGAGCGAUGAAUACCGUGCACAAUCGUAGCAUUCAUGCUAUUUUCUGCGCCGACCUCAGCUAGUUCAACUUUACUCGGCUCCUGUUAGCGCCUGAGAAUUCGAAAGGUGAACCGGGAUAGUCGAGUGUACGUUAAAAAGCUGAUUGUGUGUAAAGUGUAGGUGCAACGGAGUGUAAAGUAUAGGAAUCAAACGCUCACUGCCCUAAACAGGAGGGAGGAGCAAGCAAACACCCCCGUGUGGCGCAGCGGUAAAAGAACACACCGUCUGCAAGAGAAAAAAACGAAAGAGAGAAAAACCAACGUCCUGCUGUUGUUCCUCUGACCAUCUGACAUCAUCAUCUCGCAGAUUGGUGUGUUUACUGCAUCUCCACACCCACCAUCGCAUCGCGCGAAACGCGUCAACGGUAUAGGGAAGGAAUAUCAACUACCAUAUCCAGGGAACACGUAUUUGACUUGGUUUUACUGUUCCUCCAUACACUGGAAAAAUGGUGAAGGAAAAGCCAAACUCGAUACGAAUCUACGACAAGGACGGAUACCGUCGCCGUGCCGCCUGUAUUUGCGUACGAUCGGAGGCAGAAGCUGAAGUUUUGUUGGUCACCUCGUCAAGAAGACCGGAGCUAUGGAUUGUACCGGGCGGUGGAGUUGAACCGGAAGAGGAAGCUUCACUAACCGCAACAAGAGAGGUGCUGGAAGAAGCUGGUGUAAUGGGUCAACUGGGCCGCUGUCUUGGCGUGUUUGAGAAUACUGAACACAUGCACCGCACAGAGGUGUUCGUAAUGGUCGUCACUCAAGAGCUAGACGAGUGGGAAGAUUCAAAGACGAUCGGCCGCAAACGGCAGUGGUUCUCGAUCGAAGAGGCCCUAUCGCAGCUGGCGCUACAUAAACCGACCCAGCGCCAUUACCUGCAGCAGCUGCGACACUCGAAGCACCGGACGUCCUCGGCCUCCGAUCCGCCGCCAAUUAUAUCCGAACACGAUAAUGACGAUUUUACAAGCGAACCAGAUUCGAACAACUGUACAGCGUCACAGGACGAUGCUGUUGUCGGUGAGAAGGAUAAUACGACCGAAUCGACUCCUACAACACCUCCUCCUCCCGCCUCCUGCUGCAACGCGGUAACAGACGACGAUGGUGAACCUGUUGUGAAUGCUGUCGAUUCAGUCUCAUCACCACCGACACCAUCCUCUAUGGCUGAAUCGAUCGAGUCCAACACAUCCACUCCUACCAGUGCCCGAUCCGAAGAUGGCGACAGGGAAGAAAUUCCAAAGAAACCGGAAGCAACAUCAUCUGAUACCAAAUUCUACACAACAGAAUCCAAGCUCGAGUGUCCCGUCUGCCUACAGACGUGUGUCCAUCCCGUCCGGUUGCCCUGUGGUCACAUUUUUUGCUUCCUUUGUGUAAAGGGUGUUGCAUUCAAAAAUCUCCGCUGCGCUAUGUGCCGUUGUGAGAUACCACUAACCUAUCUGGACCACCCGCAACUGGUGAACGGUGUGGAGGAGAUCGUUCGCGCAGCUACCGCCACCGUUUCAGACGGUAACGAGUAUCGCUGGUACUACGAGGGUGGUCACGGUUGGUGGCAGUACGAUGAACGUACCAGCCAAGAGCUGGAGGAAGCUUACCUGCGAGGCGACAAAAGCUGCAAAAUUUUGGUGGCUGGUUUCGUGUACAUCGUCUCGUUCGAGCACAAGUGUCAGAUACGGCAGAACGAUUAUUCACGCAUACGGCGCAUCAAGCGUGAUCUGGUAAGCAUACCGAAGAAGGGCGUAGCUGGCCUGCGGCUCGAGACCGUCGGUGACACCAACUCAUCGUCAUCGGCCACGAACGACAUGAACGAACUUUCGUCCGCUAUGGGUGAAAUGAAUCUCAAUGAAGGUGCUUCCACGUCCUCCGCUUCCACAUACACCGCUGGUACGGUAAAUGUGCGGGAGGAGAGCGAAUCGAUCGUAACCAAUGAACCGGCGCAUGAGGUGGAAGAGGAAGGUGGUGAUGAUGGGGUGGAGAGUGAAAAUAAUUCCAAUGCUCCCGGUGAUGGAGCAGAUUCAACCACUGGAAGCUCUACUACAAGAAGCAGCUCACAUGAUCAUGUAAGUCACCUAAUGGUGGUCGAUCUUACCCAUCAGCUGCAGUAUUCCGCUACUGAUAGUGAUGAGGAAGAAAGCGAUGCAGAUGACAAUUUGCUUGUGCUAUAA